AUGUCGUUCGUUAACUCAUAUCGCGUAGUAGCCACCAUCUGCGCGUCAGUGGGGAUUUUCUCCACGCUACUGCGCCUCCUGUUCAGAUGGCAACGGAAGCACGUGGGUUUCGACGAUGCCUGGGCGGCAUUUGCUCUUGCUGUCGACUUUGUCCUCGUGGGGGGAGCAUGGCUCAACACCGAUCCCACCGUUUCAAAUCACCAGAAAGUCAUUGGCUACUAUGUGUACGACAUAGCAUUCACCUGCGUGUUAUGGUCGGCUCGCAUGAGCAUCCUUGCAUCAAUCCUGAGGAUUGUCCCGUCUAUCAUGACGUUGAGGCGAUAUACGCAUGCUUGUGCUUUCCUAAUGCUGUGCAUGUGGAUAGCAAUGCUCGUGCAAAAGACGUAUGUCUGUGAAUACGACACUGCCUGGAAAACCGCGCCGCGCGUGCAAUGUUUCCUAGGCAAGCCAGUUGCCGCCGUCGAGUUCUGUACGGACAUCACCUCGGACGCCAUGCUAAUAAUACUCGCUUUACGUUUGAUAUGGGGCGUUAGUAUUCCGUAUCCGACGAGGCGACUUCUCAAGGUUAUCUUCUCCGCAAGUUUCAUCACCACCAUCGCAAGCGUCACACACGCCUCUUACUUACUAGGGCCCGACCGCAACGCCGAAUGCAUCACAGCGCAUGUAGAGGCCAAUAUCUCCCUCCUGAUUUGCAAUCUCUCGGUGCUCGCGCCUUGGGCAGCUCGCGCAGUCUCGCACGAACCCGCCGCUGAUACCCUCACUUCAGCACCGAGCAGACGACGCAGAGGGGUACGUGAGAUACAGAAUUCGACGUUACACUUCAACCGUAGGGUUCCCGUCGUGCUGACAGCGGUUGCUGGGCAAGAUCUCGUUAGCCGGUCGGAGGAGAGCGAUAGAAUGGCCAUCGAACUGUCCGUUGUCAAGUACGUCCAUCGCAUGGCGGUGGACCCGGAGGCUGUGGCAUCAAUUUUAAAGUCGAUGGUCUGA